CAUGAUGAAUUGCAGCAGAGCGGGGUAGGCAUAGCAACGCCGCGUAGCAGGCAACGACGAGAGCGCGGAGGGCUGGAGGAGCGAGAGAGAGAGAGAGAGACAGACCAAUGACGAGAGUGAGAGAAAGCGCUGCAAUUUAAAAAAAAAUGGCUAGUGGAAGUGAUGGCACGGAGACUGGUCUACCUUGUCUGUACUGCUGCAAGUUUCAUCACCUGAUGUCAAGUUACAGCAAACCAAAACUGGUGGAAUUGUUUUAUGAUGUAAUAUCCCCUUACUCAUGGCUAGCAUUUGAGGUGUUCUGUCGGUACAGGAACGUAUGGAAUAUCAAUCUGAAGUUGCGACCUGCCCUUCUGGGUGGAGUCUAUAAAGGUGCCGGUAACAGGAGUCCUGAUGAGGUUCCUAGAAAGUUCCACUACAUGGCAGCAGACCUACUCCGCUUGGGCUCCUACGCCAGAGUUCCACUCAGAGUUCCUGCUCAGCCUGUCAAUGUUUUGAUGGCCAAAGGUUCUCUGGAGGCCAUGCGCUUUGUGACUGCAGUGGCUGAGAAGGAGACAGGUGGAGAUGCCCAGGUGGAGAAGGUCUCCAGGGAGCUGUGGAUGAGAAUCUGGAGUAAUAGCCAAGACAUCACCCAGCUCAGCUCUCUUGCAGAGGUGGGUCUAAAUGCUGGACUAUCUGACAAGAAGGUACAAGAAUUACUGGAAAUGUCUCAGAGUAAGGCAAUCAAGGACAAGGUGUGGACAACUACCCAAGAAGCCCUUGAUUAUGGGGGUUUUGGAUUUCCCCUCACAGUCUGCCAUGUAAACGGAGAGGCCAAAAUCUUCUUUGGGUCAGACAGAUUUGAACUAAUGGCUCACUGUCUCGGUGAGAAGUGGAUGGGACCACAGCCUGUCCACCCGUCAGUAACUCUCAGUCAACAACCAGCCUUUAUGAGAGCAGCCAUGGCCCAUUGAGACUUUCUCUUUGGACAGAGACAUUGAUAUCUUCUUUAAUGAGUUGGAUAUGGGACUAUUGUUUACUUAAGUACAUGCUCCUACUGUGCUAAUUUAGCCCCAGGCUACCACACCCCAACUCAGACCCAGUAGCAGCACUACUACUGUGCUAAUUUAGCCCCAGGCUACCACACCCCAACUCAGACCCAGUAGCAGCACUACUACUGUGCUAAUUUAGCCCCAGGCUACCACACCCCAACUCAGACCCAGUAGCAGCACUACUACUGUGCUAAUUUAGCCCCAGGCUACCACACCCCAACUCAGACCCAGGAGUCAGUAGCCCUUGGUUGUGGAAAUUAAAAAGAAAGUGACUAUUAAAAAUAGUUUGUGGACAUAUUACAGAUAUUUCAGUAUUUAUAUUAAUGUCAAGUCAACUUUAUAUAUAUAAAAUAAAAUAUGUAUUCUUUUCUAAA